AUGGCUGCCGAGCAUUCAGAGUUUAAACUAUACAGAUAUGACCCUUCUAUUGGCGCAGCUGCCGUCUUCAUCAUUCUUUUCUUGGCCGCAGCGGGCAUCCAUACGUUUCAAGUAGUCCGAACAAGAGCAUGGUUUGUCAUGCCGUUUGUCGUCGGAGGACAUUGUGAGUCUUCAACCCUGACAACCGUUGCAGUCUCACCACUAAUCUAUAUCAACCCAGUUGAAUGGAUCGGCUAUAUUGGCCGCGCUAUCUCUGGAGACGAGGCCCCCAGUUUCACCGUAAAGCCUUAUAUCCUGCAAACCCUCCUCCUCCUCAUCGCACCCACCCUCUUUGCCGCAACUAUCUACAUGGAGCUUGGCCGGAUCGUACUCCUAACGGACGGAGAGGCAUACUGCUUUAUCCGCCGAACUUGGCUGACCAAGAUCUUCCUGGUCGGCGAUAUCAUCUCGUUCAUUAUGCAGGGCGCAGGCGGUGGGAUAAUGGCCUCCGGAACGCCCAGCGCCCUAACAACCGGCGAGAACAUCAUAAUUGGCGGCCUCGUUGUGCAACUGAUCUUCUUCUCGCUCUUCGUCAUAACGAGCAUAAAAUUCCACCUAGGGCUAGGGAAUGCUCCAUCACGCAAAGUCCUUCACUCCCAACCACCCUGGGAGCGGCAUAUGUAUGCCCUGUACGGGGGGAGCGCGCUGAUCUUUGUCCGAUCACUGUUCCGAUUAAUCGAGUAUGCGCAGGGGAAUGACGGGUAUCUAGUAUCACACGAGGUAUACCUGUAUAUCUUCGAUGCAGUGCUCAUGGUGCUGGUUAUGGUUCUCUUCGCCUGGGUGCAUCCGAGUGAGGUGCAUGCGCUGCUGACGCCGGGGGGUCGGGGGAAGGCUGCUGAACGGGUGUUUUGGUUGAAGAUGGAGGGUGGUGAGAGCUUGCCGUAG